AUGUCAAAGCUUACCAUCAACUCUACGUACCGCCUACCAUCAGGGUACGACAUCCCCAUCCUAGGCUAUGGCGUCUACCAAACCCCUGCAGACAUUGCCUCAGAAAUCGUCCAGCACGCUCUCAAAGUCGGAUACCGCCACGUGGAUUCCGCAGUGGCAUACCGGAAUGAAGCCGCAUCCGCCGAAGGAAUGAAGAAAUCCGGGAUCCCGCGGGAGCAGCUCUUCUUCACCACGAAGAUCCCGCCCAAGGAUAUGACUUACGAGAACUCGAAGAGGCAUAUUGAGAAUACGCUAAAGGUUACUGGGUUCGAUUACGUGGAUUUGUAUCUGUUGCACUCGCCGUAUGGGGGCAAGGAGAAUCGGAUUGGUGCGUGGAAGGCACUAGUGGAGGGUGUAGAGGCUGGGAAGAUUAGAUCGAUAGGGGUCAGUAAUUAUGGCGUUCAUCAUCUGGACGAGCUUGAGGAGUAUAUCAAGAGCACGGAUGCGAAAGAAGGAAAGGGUAAAGGGGGCGUCCUCAGCGUGAACCAAGUUGAACUGCAUCCGUGGCUUGCGAGGAAAGAUAUCGUUGAGUGGUGCGAGAAGAGAGGAGUGAUUCUUGAGGCGUACUGCCCAAUUGUGCGGGCCACAAAAACGGACGACCCGCUGCUCGUACCUCUUGCGAAAAAGUACGGGAAGACGACGGCGCAAAUCCUGCUGAGAUGGAGUUUGCAAAAGGGUUUCGUCCCGCUCCCCAAAUCGGUAACCAAGUCUCGCAUUGAGGAGAAUGCCCAGAUCUACGACUUUGAGCUCACUGACGAGGAGAUGAAGUCGCUUGAUCUAGGAGUGUACGAGCCUUGUGCAUGGGAUCCUACUGUUAGCCGGGACUAG